AUGAAGAACCUCGUUCCCGAUCACUCUGAAGCUCUUUCUGAAGUCCAAACCCAUGAACCGAUUACUUCGUUCAAAUCAGGGUUGACGACUCCCUGGAUUUUCCUCCAACCCACGACUGAGUUGAAAACUACUAUCACUGGCUCUGUGAAGUACUAUUUAGAUUCGUUGGCUUCGUCGGUCGGCGAUUCCCAAUGUGCACGCCAACGCAGGAAUAGAAAGCGCAAAAGGUCCGAAGUUGAGGAAAGUUCUACAAGCCAGGCCCUGCAGCUCAAGCAACUUUAUGUCGAUGGCUUUACUUCUGACCAGAUAUGGCAACAAGCCCUGAGAAUCCUUGAUUCUUCAGGUGGUGAGGUUGAGCGGGAUUUUACUUGGUGGUCUGCAGUGUCCAAACCAUACGACCCGCCCCUGACCUCAACUUAUGAUUUGGCUCUUGAUGACGCCGAAUUAGAGGGCAGCAACCUCGACUCUCAGUCAGAGACCGAUCUUACCCGAUCGAGUAUCGAUGAUGACGACCUUAGUUCAGUACACGAUCACUCUGAAACCUCCCCCCACGAUGAUUCAGACGUCGAAGAAGACAUUGAAAAAUUAUCCGACAAUAUUCCCGGAAACGACAUCGACGAAGGUGAACAAGAAACGUAUGUGGAGGAUCCCUUCGGCUUGAAUGAUGGUUUCUUCUCGAUAGAUGAUUUCAACAAGCAAUCGGAACUACUCGAAAGACAAGACGUUAGUGGUGGUCCAGACAAUGAUUUUGAGAGCGAGGAUGAUGAUAUCGAUUGGCACGCAAAUCCUCUUAGCCUUGAGGACGAUUCCGAUAUGGACGAAGAUAAUGUCUAUGCCACAAACUCCGGAGGCGAAGGUUGGAUAAACACUAGCGACAUAAAGUAUUCUGACUUCUUCGCGCCUCCUCCGCGUAAAGUUACUCGCAAAAAGUCUCGCUCCCUUCCCAAAACUCAGCCUGAUAUUGCUAUUACCAACGACGACGUUGAUCGUGCCAUGGCUGAUGUUCGCCGUGAUCUCUUUGAAGACGAACCUUCCGGUGAAGACAGUGAUGAACAUGAAGUAGCGCGAGGAUCUCAGAUCAAUUAUUCUAGUCAUGAGAAGCAGCGUGCUCGCAUUGCUGAUGAGAUUCGCCGUUUGGAGGCUGCAAACGUUGCCAAGAAGGAUUGGAUGCUAGCUGGUGAAGCCAGGGCUGUCGAAAGGCCUGUGAACUCGCUUAUUGAAGAAGACCUGGAUUUCGAAAGAAUCGGAAAGCCCGUGCCAGUCGUCACAGCAGAGAUGUCAGAGGAUAUUGAAGAGCUUAUCAAGCGUCGGAUUCUCGCCAAACAAUUUGACGAAGUAAUACGACGUCGCCCUGGUGUUUCCGACGCACUGAGCGCACGGGGAAGCCGUCCUGAAUUGGAAGAUACCAAACCCCAGCAGAGUCUUGCUGAAUUAUAUGAGGCCGACCAUCUUCGUGCUACUGAUCCAAACUUCGUUGACCCUAAAAAUCAGAAGUUGAUCCGCGAGCAUGCUACUGUGACAAGUUUAUGGAAAGAGAUCAGCUCUCAAUUAGACACGCUCUCAAACUGGCAUUACAAGCCCAAGGCUCCGCAGGCAAGCAUCAAUGUUGUCACCGAUGUGGCAACAAUUACUAUGGAGGAUGCUCAGCCGACAGCCAGCAACGCUGUCAAUGGGACGGCAACCCUUGCGCCGCAGGAGAUCUACGCACCUGGCGACGAUAACAAAGUCGCUGGUGAAAUGAUUUUGAAGAAUGGAACGGCAAUCGCCAAAGAGGAAAUGACCCGGGAACAAAAGGCUAAGUUGAGGCGAGAGCACAAGAAGCAAAUCGCUAGCACCGCAAAAUCUCAGAAGACAGGGAAAGCGGCUGAGAAACAGCAGCUCAUGUCGGACUUGAAGAAGGGUGGAGUCAAAUUGAUUGGAAAGCAGGGCGAAGUGACGAAUAUCAAUGGCGGUAAAAUCAAAGAAGGUGUGAAGGAAGGUGGCCAUGUGCUCAAGCUUUAG